AAUGGCUGAAUAUUUCUGUGUAUAAGGAAAAUGUCUUUUAUAAAUAAAUCUUUUGAUUGGUAAUAAAGCUUUCCUCUAUCGGCGGCUUGCUGAAAAAUGCAUUUGUCAGCAGAACAAGAACUGAAGGACUUGUUCUAGCAAAUGCAGAACAAGACAAAUCAUAAAGAGGAGUUGCACACUGCUAAAACAUGACAUAAGAAUGUUUCCAAUAGAUAAAAUACCUAGAUAUUUUUGUAGCGUAUAAAGCCCAAUCAGGCAUAAAAACAAGUGUUUUUUUCUCCUUGUGAUCUUUAUGGAACAUUUCUUUGACAUAUGCAGAAAAGCAAAUGAUGGGAGCAGUAAGUUGGUGCAGAACAGAGCUUAUUUAAUUUGGACACAAAACAAUCUGACUGUAUAAAUUGAUCCAAGCGCGUCUGCUGCAUUUUAAAGCUUCUCUGUUUAAAGUUUAAAGCGACGUUCUGCUGCAGGUGAGCCAUGCCUUCUGUGUCUGGAAGCAAAUGCUUGAAAGAUGCUCAAACUCCGUGCGCAGACGAAGGAAACCUGCCGUACGCAGAGAAGAAGUGUCCCGUGGACGGAGUUGUGGAAAUCUUCCCCGCUGCGCAGAAGUCGUCUGCGUUCAGAGGAGACGGCCGCAUCGACGAGGAGGACAAAUGCCACCAAACGUGUGAAGAGAAUGGUGCGAAAGAGGAAAAGGCAGAAGAGACUGCUGCUCAGAUGAAGUGGAUUCGUCCUGAUUUACCCAGCAGAUGCAGCUGGAGGCCGGGCGCGCCGAUGUCAGAGUCCCCUCACAGCCAGCCGCCACGCAUCAAGCCACCAAGAAUCCUCCCCAACAUCCUCGGACACAUUGGACACACACCUCUGGUCCGCCUGAACAAAAUCCCAAAGGAGUUUGGGUUAAAGUGUGAAAUGUUUGCCAAGUGUGAGUAUUUCAACGCAGGAGGCAGCAUUAAAGACAGAAUCACAAUGCGGAUGGUGGAAGACGCCGAGGAAGCCGGGAUCCUCAGACCAGGGGACACCAUCAUUGAGCCCACCUCCGGUAACACAGGAAUCGGACUUGCUCUCAUAGCGGCUGUGAAAGGCUACCGCUGCAUCAUCGCGAUGCCUGAGAAGAUGAGUAUGGAGAAAGUAGAUGUGCUGAAGGCUCUCGGGGCAGAAAUUGUUCGCACUCCUUCAUCUGCAGCUUUUGACUCGCCGGAGUCUCACAUUCGCACAGCUUGGAGACUAAAGAGCGAGAUUCCCAACUCGCACGUCCUGGACCAGUAUCGUAAUGCCAGUAACCCCCUGGCUCACUACGAUACAACAGCUGAGGAAAUACUGGAGCAGUGUGAAGGUAAACUGGACAUGGUUGUAGCUGGAGCAGGGACCGGUGGUACGCUCACAGGCGUAGCUCGAAAGCUGAAGGAGAAAUGCCCCAAUGUCAAGAUCAUCGGUGUUGAUCCUGAGGGCUCUAUGCUGGUUCACUCAGAAGAGCAUCAAAGUGGUCAUUUCGAGGUUGAGGGCAUUGGAUAUGACUUCAUCCCCACGGUGUUGGACAGAUCUCUUGUCCACCAGUGGUACAAAGCGAGCGAUAGGGAAACAUUUAACAUGGCACGCAAACUAAUAAGAGAGGAAGGCCUCCUCUGUGGUGGGAGUUCUGGCUCAGCGAUGGCGGCAGCAGUGAAAAUGGCUCAGCAGCUGGAGGAGGGACAGCGCUGCGUGGUCAUCCUGCCAGACUCGGUCCGCAACUACAUGUCGAAGUUCCUGUGCGAUCAGUGGAUGUGUGAGAAAGGUUUCCUGGAGAGUCCGAAUGAGAUCGAACCCUGGUGGUGGAACAAGACAGUCCACAGUUUACACCUCUCCGCUCCGCUCACCUUCGCUCCAUUCCUGUCCUGCCAAAAAGUCAUCAAGGUCCUGAAAGAGAAGGCUUUCGACCAGGCGCCAGUCGUCAGUGAAUCUGGUGAGAUCCUGGGCAUGGUCACUCUGGGAACCAUUCUUUCCAGUGUGCAGGAUGGAAAAGUCAAACUAUCAGAUCCAGUCAGCAUGGUGCUCUUCCAGGACUUCAGACAGGUGCACCUGACGGACAACCUGGGGAAGUUAUCCUGCAUCCUCAAAACCCAAAACUUUGCCCUGGUGGUGGAUGAUCAGACCCAGAACGAUGCGGCGGGUUCGGUUUGUCCGAGGCAGAACGGGUUUGGCGUUGCAACGGCAAUCGACCUCUUGAACUUCAUCGCCACACAUGAAGGACAGAAUCACCCAUAAUCCUCCUGUUCGCCGUCAUGCAGUCAAACAGUGAGGUGUUUGGAGGUUUUCACCUCCUUAAUUAGGGCGUUUAAAAAAAAAAAAAAAGCCAGCUUGAUAAAAUAAAAUAUUGUGAGUAAUUAUGCUUCUUUUAGUCACUUUGUUUUGUUUUUCAAUAUUGCAGUAGAUGUAAAUACCUUAAAAACAUUCAGUGGUUAGAAUAUGAUCGAUAAGCAAACUUUCUACACUUCAGUUUUAUGUUACAUUUAUAAAAAGUUUGUAGAAAAAUUACAGAUUAAUAAUUCUAGUAUGAUUUGCUUUAUAUAGUUUAGGUAUACACAGAUUAUUUAAAGUAUUUACAUGAGCUAAGAAGUUGAUGCGAUCUCUGUCAGGAUCAGUUAUGGGAUUUGAAUCUUGUAAUAUGUAAAACAUUAAUGAUAAAAUAGACACUCUUCAACUUUUUUCAUUAUUAAUGAACAUUGUUUCGUGUGUUUAAAUAGAUAUUGUGCCCCUCCUUCCAGUUUUGUUCCUGUAUUUGCUUUUACUCUAUUUGCCAUGUAAAAUGUUUAAGUUUUUUUUUCUUCACAGAUUCAAUGUCGCCAUCUGGUGGUAAAACUUUAGUCAAGAGAAUUACGGAAGUAAAGUCAAGAGAAUUUGAGUGUGAAGUAUUUUGUUGCACAUUUAAGCUAUUUUCUGUGUGAAUUUGUUAUUUUUCAGUUUAAUUAAAUAUAGUAAAAAAA